CAAAGAACAUUCAUAGUUCACUGCAAAACGCAUAUACUUGAGAUCCUUUGUGCUUGAGAAAACCCAGAGACCUGAAUACAUUAUAUCAAUCUAGCUACAACAACUUCCCUCAACCCCUUUCAUUCUUUUCUCAUCAUCUGCGGCACCUGAUUUUAAAUCAUGGCUGCAAAACAUGAACGUGGACCUUAUCUCUCUUCUUUUGUUGAUGCUAUUUCAAAGAAGCUGUCUUCAAUACUUGAAGGUGACUCUAUCCUCAAAGAUGACUACUCUGCUCGGAAGUCCCUUCAAAAGUCGGAUGAUUAUCUGUGUGAUGUUGAACCUGUGCUUGAUGAUGCUGAGCUGAAGCAGUUCGAUAACGAUAGAGUGAAGAAGUGGCUUGUUGAUCUCCAAGAUGCUCUCUAUAUGGCUGAUGACUUGCUCGAUGAACUCGCCACUAAAGCUGCCACUGCCACUCCAAGGGAUCAAGGUAACUCUUCUUCCUGGUCUCACUAUGUUGAUUCAUGUAUUGAAGAUAGUGGUGUCAAUGUCAUUGAAAGCACACUAGAGUCUCUUGUUGAACGAAAAGAUAAACUUGGUCUGAACAAGAGUGCCAAGUUGGACACAUCAUGGAGACUUCCAUCCACGUCUCUCGAUAGUCCUGACAUAUUUGGUCGGGACAAAGACAAGGAGAACAUAAUCAAAUUGCUGUUAGAUGAUACCUGUGAUGCUGAAUCACAUGUGACUGUGAUUCCCAUUGUGGGUAUGGGCGGGAUAGGAAAAACUACUUUGGCUCAAUUGGUUUACAAUGAUGCCAAAGUCAAGGAAAAAUUUGACACUAGAGUAUGGGUGUGUGUUGCUGAAAAUCCUGACCUUGUUCGUCUUACAAGGACAAUAAUAGGGGCAAUAGAUUCUUCUCCCUGUGACCAGGAUAAUUUUGAUUUACUUCAGACUAAUCUGAAGGGAAAAUUGACAGAAAAGACCUUCUUGGUUGUUUUAGAUGAUGUCUGGCAUGAUCAACCGAACAUGUGGCUGUGGGAGGAUUUCCUAAAACCUUUUCGGUGUGGGAAUAAUGGGAGUAAGAUUCUCCUAACAACCCGUGAUGAAAAGGUUGCUUCUGUGUUUGCACCAAAUAAUCUACAUUAUCGACUAAAUUUAUUGUCGAAGGAAGAUUGUUGGUUGUUGUUUUUGAAGCAUUCAUCUGUUUCUACUAAUUUUAAACAAUAUACAAAUCUAGAAAUAAUUGGUAGAAAAAUUGUUGAAAAGUGUAAGCAGUUACCUUUGGCUGUGAAGACACUUGGGGGUUUAUUGCGCAACAACUAUAAUGAAAGGGAUUGGAAGAAUGUACUUGAUAGUAAAAUUUGGGAACUCUCCAACAGUAAAAUUGUUUCAGCAUUAAGAGUCAGUUAUCAUUAUCUCCCUUCACAUUUGAAGCGGUGUUUUGUUUAUUGUUCAUUAUAUCCUCAAGAUUAUGAAUUUGAGAAAGACAAUUUAAUUUUGUUAUGGAUGGGAGAAGAUCUCUUACAACCAAAGAAAGACAAGACAUUAAAAAAUAUUGGUUGUGAAGAUUUUGAUGAAUUAGUUGCAAGGUCAUUUUUUCAACCUUCUAGUACUAAGAGAGGUUUAUUUGUAAUGCAUGAUCUCAUGCAUGAUCUAGCAACGUUCUUUGCUGGGAAAUUCUAUUUCAAACUCGAGGGAUUUAAGAAUCUACAGGGGAUAGAUAGCAAAAUUCGUCAUUUGUCCUUUUCUUCAGGAUCUUCGGAUAUCACUAUCAACACGUACAAGUCAUUUGGAGAGGCCUGUAAGAGAGCAGUACACUUGAGAACAGCUUUAGAUUUUACUUGGUAUGAAUAUCUUGAAUCAAUUGAUGUUAAAAGCAUUCCUUGGCUCUUACAACAACAAUUGAGAGUUUUGUCAUUUCGUAUAAAGUCAUUGCCUGAAUCAAUAGGUGAAUUGAUUUAUUUGCGUUAUUUAAAUCUGUCUGAAGCACGUAUUGUGACAUUGCCAGAGUCAAUAUGUAAAUUAUACAAUCUCCAAACUUUGAUAUUGAGGGAUUGUUAUGAGUUAGAGAUGCUUCCCAGCUGCAUGCAAGAUCUUGUGAACCUACAACAUCUUGAUAUUCGAGGUGUUCCUCGUCUGAAAGAGAUGCCGAAGAAAAUGAGCAAGCUAAAGCAUCUAAACUUCCUAAGUUAUUAUAUCAUCGGCGAGCAUGAAGAGAAUGGAAUAAGAGAAUUGGGAACACUGGACAAUCUUGACGGCUCAUUUGACAUUCUCAACUUGGAGAACGUCAAGAAUAGUGAUGAAGCUUUGGAGGCAAAGAUGGGUAACAAGAGGCACAUCAACACUUUGAAAUUGUAUUGGUUUACAGGAGGUUACAUGGAUGUCGAAACUGAAAGGCAUAUACUUGAGGAGUUACAACCCCAUGAAAACUUGAAAGAGUUAUCAAUUGAGGGUUAUCGGGGCGAAACAUUCCCAGAUUGGUUAGGCCUUUCUCGCUACUCCAGUAUGACCAAAUUGAGUCUGCAGCGUUGUAAGAAUUGUUGUAAGCUUCCUUCACUGGGACAGUUACCCUCUUUACAGCAUCUGGAGUUUUCUGAACUUGAUGGGUUGGAGAAAAUUGAUUUGGCGUUUUACAACAAUAGUGGAUCAUUUGAGCAGGAGACACCUUUCAAAUGUCUUGAAACUCUGAAAAUUGAGAAGAUGGCUCAUUGGCGGGAGUGGCAUUUUCCUGAUGAGUUUGAUGGUUUUCCUGAGCUUAGAAUCCUUUCAAUAAGAAACUGUCCUGUGUUAAGUGGAGAUCUGCCCGCUCACCUUCCUGCUCUGGAGGAACUUCACAUUUUUAAAUGUUCAGAGCUUGUAUGUUCGCUGCCGAGGGCUCCCAAGAUUCAACAAUUAUGUUUUGGCAAAUCUAGGCCGAAACGCAUGUUGGAGAUUUCAGAAACCCAGCUGGCGCAACCCGUAUUGGAGUGGGUCCCCCACCUGCAAUCGCUACGUGUGGAAGCUCUGCAAAUCUUGAACUGUCACUCGCUGAUAUCAAUUUCAGCAUAUUAUUUGCCGGCUUCACUAACGAAGAUACAUGUACAGGGGUGUGGUUCACUGUCGUCGUUUCAAUUGGGGCCCCUUCCAAAUCUUGAGAAAUUGAUAAUUAAUGAAUGUCCAAGCAUGAAAUGUGUUGAGGUGCCACAGGCUCUUCCAGGUCUCCGUCAUUUAUGCAUCUUACACUGCCCCAGACUAGUAUCCUUGCCCGCACUAGGGUUGGCUGCGCCCCACCUGGUGUAUCUGCGUAUAAACGAUUGCCCGGAAAUUGAUUGUUUUGCUGACGAGUGCCUCCCGGCGAGUUUGAAAACUCUUCAAGUCAAGGGAUGCGAGAAACUAGCGAGGUGGAUAACAUCAAAGGGUUUGCAUAGUCAAGUCCGCCUUUGACUCGUAAGCUGGAAAAGAUGAAAUACCCACGGAUUCGUUUUGAUACUUUCUACGACUUCCCGGACAGAGUUGAUUCCAAUUACGAUUGAUUCUGAUUUUACACAAAUGAAUGUGCAAUGAGAGCGGUCAGAGGCAUACAGUUGGGGAAGAUUGAAGAGUCAACAUUAACACAUGGUUGAGGCAACGUGAGAAUUUGGGUGCACUGAGGUUUAUGAAUGGAGCAACUUAAAGAAUUUGCUUCUGCUGCAAAGAAAGCAAAUAAUCAAGUACUCUUGGAUUUCACCAGGCUAACCUUAUAUUCAACCAGAGUAACUUCAAUUGAUCUAUGGCUGAACUCACAAAUGGAACAUCAAAGUGGAUCAUCCAUAUAUACGUGCUAUGUCUCGUCUCAUUCUGCUGUUUCAAUGGAAGCCGAAAAACAAACUUCUGUGUCUGAGGUUUCGCUUUUUUGUGUUAAGUAAAAGUCAUUGAAAUGCUCAUUGUGUGGCUGAUUUGGUGGAGAGGAUCAGUGAAUAGAGUUCAUUUUUAUUAUAUCUUUUUCAAAUUUGUCCGGCUAUCAAUGUCUCCCUUGAAUUUGAUAACUAAUAGAAAUCCAGUCCAAAUUUUACAUUGUAUAAUUGUAUUAUCCUUUUUAUAAUGUUACCUGUUUUUAGACCGAUUUUCUUAUGUUUAGAUGAGAAGAUGAUUGUAUCUACCAUGAGACAGUUAACCUUUGAAGGCUGAGGUUUCUUGUAGCAGAGUACUUUGCAUAGGUCUAUGAGUGUUUGGAUAUAUUUUUUUUU